AUGACUAUGGAGCAGCAGCUCGAUGCAGGCAUACGAUACUUCGACCUCCGUUGCGGCAUUGUAGAUGAUAUUGCAGAAAUGGUUCAUGGAGCGGCUUUGCUGGGCCUGAAAUUGCCCGAGGUGAUGAACACCAUCUACAAAUGGCUAGACGCACAUCCCACGGAGGCCAUCAUCGUACAAAUUAAGGAAGACCGAGAAUCGGAAAGGUCCACUGUGCACUUCGCGCAAGCUAUCUUCGCCUGUGUUUCGACCAGAUCCGAGCGCUGGCGCACCGCGAACACCACUCCAACAUUGGGCGAACUUCGAGGCAAGAUACAGCUCUUUCGGAGGUAUCGUGGACCAAAUCUCUGGGCAUACGGUAUUGAUGUGACGCAGUGGCAGGACAAUCCAAGUGUUCCAUUCACCAUCACCACGCAGAACAUGGUCCAGCUAACCAUACAAGAUCACUACAGUUUCUCCGAUCCUCAGUCUUUGCCCGCUUUGGUAGCUAUCAAAGGUGGAGACGUUUCAGGACUACUCGAGCGUGCGUCGAAAGAUCUGGACCCAGGGCACUGGUACAUCAAUUUCACGAGCGCUUAUGAGUUCAACUUUUACUACCAGCUUACUCCACGUGCCAUUGCCACUGGAGGAUACUAUCAGUUCAGAUGGAUCGAUGGCAUCAAUGUCAGACUACAUAACUGGCUACGAACACGAGUCGGAAGACAGCAUUAUGGUAUAGUCGCAAUGGACUUUCCAGACACAGACCUGGUCUCCGAACUGAUCAGGUCGAACUUCAAGAAGCACAACGAGCCCGUGUGGCUAGUCAUGCUAUGUAUAGUCCUAAGUAUAGCUGCGCUCGCACUGAUGGUCUUGCACCUCGCCGGCUUCAGCAGUGUACAGGAACUCUAUCCAGGCAUAUCGUCUCUGGCAGUGAAAGAGAUUGGUGGCUGA